AAUUGAUGAAAAAGGGGGUAAAAAAUAUAAAUAUAAUAAUCUUUUUUUUUUUUUCUGCCUCAAAUAUUUUCACAUUCUUUUUACUUUACCCAAAAUAUCAUGCCAUUAGUGAUUUAGUCAAAAUGUAAAAAUGUAUGAACAUCUAAAUCAACAUUGUGUCGAACCCACGGGGAGAUGUUACAGAUGUGCUUUGUGUCUGUGUCCAAUGUAAAAAAAAAUAUUAUAAUAAUACUUUUUGACAAUUACUUAUUUACUUAUUUUAGGUUUCAGGAAGUGUGUAGGUCACAUUCUGUAUCAUACAGCUAUGAAGGUUAUAUAUUUACAACCACCUGCUGAUAGGAAUACAGCGAUGUCUGUGUUUUGAGUGUCCUAGAACUGUCUAGUUUUUUGUUUUCUGACUUCUAAAACAGAAUAAGUAAUGUAACUGUAUUACCAGGAAGCUCUACAACAUCAUUUGUUUAAAAAUCACACCAAGAUUGUUUAAAUUAUGAAAUGUUUGAAAACUGGCCUCAGGUUAUUGAGGGAUCUGAUUUGAAUUAAACCUCAUAGCAAGGCAGUUUUAUCAUGUGGAGAUUUCAUUCUGUUCUCGCUUUAAAUAAACACUGUCUUUGGCAGGAGGAAAACCAAACUUGGAGGAACCAGAGAUGUCCAAACCAGCAAGAAGACACCUCUGCUCUCAGAUUGGAAAGAGUUUUGCCAAGUUAGGAAGCCUGAAAACACACGAGAGAAAUCUCACAGGGGAGAAGCCUUACCACUGCUCCCAGUGUGGAAAGAGUUUUAUCCAGUUAGCAAGCCUGAAAGCUCAUGACCGAAUACACACAGGGGAGAAGCCUUACCACUGCUCCCAUUGUGGAAAGUGUUUUAGGCAGCAAGGAAGCCUGAAAGUUCAUGACCGAAUACACACAGGUGAGAAGCCUUACAACUGCUCCCAUUGUGGAAAGAGUUUUAACAGAUUAGGAGGCCUAAUAGCUCAUGAGCGAAUACACACGGGGGAGAAGCCAUACCGUUGCGCCCAGUGUGGAAAGAGUUUUGGCUCAUUGGGAAACCUGCAAUCUCAUGCACGAUUACACACAGGGGAGAAGCCAUACCAUUGCCCCCAGUGUGGAAAGAGUUUUCGCAUGUUAGGAAACCUGCAAUCUCAUGUGCGAAUACACACUGGGGAGAAGCCAUACCAUUGCGCCCAGUGUGGAAAGAGUUUUAGCAUGUUAGGAAACAUGAAARCUCAUGAGCAAAUACACACAGGGGAUAAGCCUUACCACUGCUCCCAGUGUGGAACUAGGUUUACCAGGUUAGGAAGCCUGAAAAGACAUGUGGACACACACCUUUCCAUUGCGCCCUGUGUGGAACGAGUUUUAACCAUUUAGGAAACCUAAAUAGAAAUGAGAGAAUACACACAGGGGAGAAGCCUUUCUAUUGCGCCUAGUGUGGAAAGAGUUUUAGCUCGUUAGGAAACAUGAAAUAUCAUGAUCUAAAUACACCCCUGGGAGAAACAAAUGUCACUUAAAAGGGAUGUGAGAAUCCACAGAAAAAAUAACUUCUCCUGCUGUGUAAACUGAUAUUUCACAUCACAUUGACUUUAAAUUCAUCAGAGAACUUACACAGUGUUCCCAUUGUCUUAUAUUGUUGACUGAGAAU